AUGAUGAAUGCGGAGGGCUUUUUCUUUUUCAAGUUCGAUUCUAAGGAAGGAAUGCAUAAAGUUCUGGAGGGUGGGCCGUGGAUAAUACGUAAGGUUCCUUUGUUUCUUAACAUCUGGUCUCCUUCGGUAAGCUUGAAAAAGGAGGGAAUAAAAUCGGUGCCUAUUUGGGUUAAGUUUCACAAUGUUCCCAUAUCCAUUUACACAGAUGAUGGGUUAAGUUUAUUGGCUUCAAAGAUUGGGUGUCCAAAGAGAUUGGAUAGUUAUACCGCAGAUAUGUGUGUGGAAAGCUGGGGUAGAAGCAGUUUUGCUAGAGCCUUGAUUGAAAUUAGUGCGGAUGAAGAUCUUCGGGAUCAUAUAGUGGUGGCUAUUCCGAAUCUUGAUGAUGAUGGUUUUAUCAUGGAGAAGGUAACGGUGGAGUAUGAAUGGAAGCCGCAUCGUUGUGCUACAUGCUGCAUUUUUGGUCAUAAUGACCAACAUUGUCCCAAGAAGGUUAAUGUUACUCCGAAACAAGUUGUUGUGGAUGAGGAGGGGUUUAUUUCGGACAAGAGGAAGGUGGCUAAGUUUGGAAUGGGAAAUAAGAAACAGAAGCAGAAAUUUAUUUACAGGCCAAAGAUUACUAAGUCGGGUGCAAGCACGUCGGGAACAAAGAAGGAUAACAAUUCGGGUUCUGGCCCUAUUAAAACAGCAAACGCUUUUGAGGCUUUAGCAAAUGCGGAUAACAAAGAGGACGAGCGCGUAAGUGAGAACAAGAAUGAGCCGUUUGAUAAGUCAAAGCGGAUUUCAAAAGGAGAUAGUGAGAUGUUGGAGGUUACACCAACGGAAAUGGCUGAUUUCAUGGCAAAUGAGACGCACCAAAACAGUUCUGAGGGGGCAAGCACUCCCGGUAUGCAUGGUUUAAAUGGGUAG